CGACCUGACCAGGGCCUCCUACCAGCAUUUCGCGGCGGAUCCGCCAAGAGUAGGGAUUACUCCCGCCAGCGUCCCACGUGUCAGAUCCUUAUCUCCGGUCGCCCCAUUUUUUAUCGCUCAAGGCCUAACACCCUUAGGAACGAGCGCUGGUUACCACUGAUGGUUUCGCUGACAGUCCACAUUUCCGUUCAGGUCCGUGUCCGCUAGUCACACUCACAACUUGUCGUUAAUCGCAUCGCCUCGGGAUUGUACGACCUCACAUCGCUCGCUCUCCAGACCUUAAUGCCUGGACGACCGUCAGGCGCGCCAGAUCAAGCUACGCGGAAGGGAAGGGUGCAUUGGGUUCGGCCACUUCUUUUCCCCUCCUUUUUAAAAAUAAAUAUAUUUUCCCCGCCGCCGCCGCCGUCGUCGUCAUCGUCGUCGUCGUCGUCGGUCCGCUAGUUAGCCGCUCGCUCGCUCCUCCCUCCCGCGUCGCCCGGCUCGCCUUCGGCGAGAUGGCAGCGGCAGCGGCGGCGGGCCUUCAGGCAGCGUCUCUCGCGUACUGCUCCGCGCCGAGCCGUGUUCCCCAUGCAACGAUGAAACCAGCAGCACUGACAGCAGCAGCAGGAGCAGCGCGCCACGUGUCCGCCUCUCCUGCGCCUGUCGGUGCUGCAGCCAGCAGCAGCAGCAGCAGAAGCUGCGGUAGCAGAACCCGCAAAACCCCCACACAACCCUUUUCCAGCCACCGACCACUGCGCGCCGAUCCGACGACGACGACGCUGGCGACGAUGGCGACGAUGCCGACGAGUCCUUACGACGCUAGAAUCGCGAGAUGCAUCGAGCGGCGCCGCUGGCCGAACCCAGAGUGCCGCGAUUGGCGCAAACUCGGCAGAAAGUUGGCGGUCAGAGCCGCGUUAGGUGGCGGGAAUCAAGGCGACGGGAACUCGCAGACCAGUGCUAAUGCUACUGAUAGCGUGAGCGCUGCUAGCGAUACGGCUGCGGAUCUCGCUGCAGCGGCGCAAUCAGCGGCCGCCGCGGCGGGCGCCAUCCCCAUGGAUUCCCCCCGCACCGCUUCCCCCCCGCCGCCCGCCGCCCCCUUGCCCCGCCUCACGCCAUACUCCCUCCUAAAGCUCGUCGUCGCCGCGAUAAUCGCGGUGACCGCCGGCCGCGCCGUGUUUGGCGCCGUGAUCGGCGCUGCGCUGCACCCGGAGGUGCUGCUGCGUGCGAGCUGGCUGCUCGUGGUGUGGCCGUGGCCCGCGGCGGCGCUGAUUGCGGCGUGGACUGCGGCGACGGCGGCGGCGGGUGGGGGAAAGAAGCAGCCGCUGUGGAAGCAGGUGGGCGUGCUGCUCGGCGCGCUGACGUGGCUGAUUCUCGGCUACCUGGACGGGUGGCGUGUGAGUCUGUGUGUGCUGUACGCGGUGUUCUUCAGCGCAUCUGCCGUGGUGCGCCUGCAGCUGUAUGGGGACCUCGCGCCCCCCAGCAAGGACAGGCAGCAGGCCACCGCCACCAGCAGAACGGCGCAGGUUCUCUUUGUCUUAUCCGUGGUGGGAGGCCAUUGGUACGCCGCCUUCGAGUCCGCCUCCCAAUCAGCCUUCCUCACGCUAUCCACCGCUACAACAGCCGCCACAAGCACCGCCACAGCAGCUGGAGCAGCAGCACCACCACCUGUGGUCGCUGCCCCUUUUGCCGCAGCUCUCGACCCCUGGGCGUCGCGGCUGGCCCCUGUGCUGCUGGUGGUGGCCCUGUGGCUGCACUGGGACGCGGCGUUCUUCCUGGGCAAGUACUUCGACCGCCUCGUCGUGCCACGGGCCAUCGUCACCGUAGGGCCGUACCGGUCGCUGCGCCACCCGCUCUACACCUCCUACAUGCUGCUCUUCUGCGCCUUCUGCCUCUCGCUGCACAGCUACAAGGCAAUGCUCUUCCUCUUCGUCGCUUCGCUGCUCUACUACCGGGCGCGCAUCGCACUAGAGGAGGCCAUGCUGCGCAAGUCCUUCCCGGAAUACCAGCAGUACUGUCAGCGCGUGCCCUACCGCCUGCUGCCCUACGUCUACUGAAGAGCCUUUCUUUUAGGCGCCUCAAAAAUACACCGCCAGUACUGCCAGAGUUUGGGGCCCUACCGCCUGCUGCCCUACAUCUACUGAAUCUUUGCUACUGAUGAACGCUGCUCGCCGCACUCUUCCCUCACUGCUCUGUAGCUAGGCUCCUAGGCUUAUGGAUCCCCCAAGAUUCCCAAACUCCGAGGCUCUCUGGUUCCCAGCAUCUCAGGCUCCCAGCCUCCCAGGCACAAGGCCCAAAGGGCAAGGCUAUUCCCACCUCCCUUGUUGCGCCUCUCACUUUCUAGCGUCCGCUCUGUCCUGUGUCUCCUCCUUGUUCCAACUUCAAUAUGUGUCUCCUCCCACUGUCGCCCUUGUUUUCCUCGUCUCCCCCGCUGCUGUCGUUCUCUCAUCGCGUUGCUCUUCCAGCUAUCGGUAUUAGGUCUAGCGUGUGUUUGCGCGAGGCGUACCACAAACCUAUGAUGCUUCCCUCUUUGCCCCCCAUCCAUUCAUCCAUGGCCCCACUCUAUGGCUUCCCUUCCGACGUCCCCUUCUUGCCUCCUGCUUUCCUCUGCAACGUUGCUCUAUUAGGAUUGGAUGGGAUGGGAUGGGAUGGGAUGGGAUCGCUUGGCAUGGCUAUUCUUAGAGCGUGUUCCUGCGGCCUCUUCCCAGCCAACCUCUUCCCAGACUCGCGUGCUACAGUGUCGCGUAAAUUUAACGUGAAGCAGUUUAGUGCGGUUCCGCGUGGUGUGACGCAAGGUUGGGAUUAUAGAGAUUCAAGGUGUCUCCAAACCUGAUUUCAGGCGUGUGGUUUUCAGACGUGCGCAAAUCUGUACAGUGCGAUUUUGACGCGAGCUGAUUCAUUGCGAUUGAGAACGCGAUUCUGAAACGAAUUGGAUUGAAGAGUCCCUCAAACACGUUCUCAGUGGAGGGCCGAUUCUGGGAAGAGGAUGCCUGGGAAGAGGCUU